CCCCCUCCGUGCCUUCUGCGCUAGGCCCAUGUCGCACCCCGUUCCUCCCUCUGCUUCCUCGCCCGAGAUGUUUCACGCACUCAUCGCUGCGCCUGCUGGGCCCUCGUGCGUGUUGUGUGGCUCUCUCUCUCUCCUCGCUCUCUCUCGCUCUCCAUGCGUGGAGAACUGAUGCCUCCGCUCUCCGCCGCGCGGCCGUCACUCCAGACGCGAGACAGUGCUUGCGUCGCUCGAGUCGCUCGCCGAGCUCUUUCUCGAGCAGAUGGACGAGGCACUGCACUCUGCUGCGUCCCACUCCGCUUCGGCGACAGCGGCUGCUGCCGAGGGCCAGCAGGGCGAUGCCUCGCCGCCGCAGCCGCAGCCACGCGCCAGCGCACAGCCGCCGCCGCCGCCCAUCCGCCUGCUCCUCGAGCCGGCGCGCGCCACUCGCGCCAACAGCAGCGCCGGAGCCACGGCGCUGCUCUUUCCCCGCCGCGCGCCGCUGGGCACACAGCGCCUCGCCCAGCUCUUCGCCGUGCUCGCCGAGAUGCAUCGCGCCGUGACGGCACGGCGGAUCGUGACGAAGCGGCACGUCGCAGCUCCCCUUUUUGCACCCUCUCUUAACUUGGCCACGCAAGCUCACUCCAGCCCCCUGAUCCCAACCCUCUUUUGCCGCGCGCGCGCGCCCUCACAGCGACAUCUUCUACCGCACGCCGCCGCUCUUCGGCUCGCAGGGCGUCGUGGAUCGGCUCGUCGACUGCCUCAGCGCCACGCUGGGGCAUUCCACGCGCGCGCUCGGCGUCGUCGCCUCUUCCAAGGGCCUCUGGAGCGGGCGCCUCAUGCUGCACAUGCUCGACGGCACACGCCUGCAAGGCUUCUCGCCGACGGAGCGCGGGGCGCAGCCGGAGCUCCUCGUGCCGGACUCGCAUGCGCUGCGGGAGCUGCAGAGCGACGCGCAGUGGAUCGCCGUGGUGGAGAAGGACGCGGUGUUUCGCAGAGUGAGAGGGCAAGAGGCAAGACUGAGGCCGCUGCUGGAGGGCCAUGGCGUGCUGGUCACUGUCAGUUACGGCACUGUGCUCUCCGCACAGCAAUCGAGCAAAGGGCUGACUGCAAGUGCCUGGGCAAAAGGGCAAGGGCUAUCCUGAUGCUGCCACUCGACGCUUCCUGAGGCUGCUGCACGAGCACUUGCCACAGUCAGUGUGAAGCGCAUUGCCAAAAGGUCGCUCCCGCAGCGUCAGCUCAUUA